AUGAAUCUCUUUCUUAAACAUAUUAAUACAUGUGGUAUGAAUUAUUUAUUAGAACAUACCGAUGCUAAUUUUCGAACUUCAUUACAUUUAGCUGCUAUUCAUGGUCAUAGUAAUAUCGUAGAAGAUUUGUUUUUAUUAAAUAUUAACAUAUACGUUCGAGAUGAUCAAGAAUCAACACCAUUACAUUGUGUUGCCGGAUGUGCUUGUAUUAAAUGUCAUGAUGGUGUUGAUGCAUCCAUUUGUAUACUUGAUAUGUUUUUAAGACAUGUUAGAAAUUGUCAAAUCCAUUCUUAUGAUGCUUUAACAGCAAUCAAUGGUUUUGGUCAUAAUUGUCUUGAAACAGCGACAAUAUCACGAAAUCGAUCGUUUGUUGAAUAUCUUUUAAAUAUUAAUAAUAUUUCUCUAUUUAAAAGUCUUUUACGUAAUGCUCAAUUACUUGAUAUUCAUUAUCAGAAUGUUGACACACCACUUAGAAAAUUGGUAAAAUUUAUGCCUGAUUUAGCGUAUCGAGUACUUGACAUUUUUAUAACACACAUUGGUGAUAAACAUGAUGCUUACCAUAAAAUAAUUUAUGAUUUAGAACUUCUUGAAGAUCAUUGUCAUAUCCAACAGUGGCAACGUAGUAGGUCUUCUCAGAUGAUACUAAACAAGUCACUAAAUAAUUGUUUUUGUCCAAUGUUUUGUCGUUACGGAAAAAUUGAAUUUUAUUCUGAUAAUUAUCAUCGAUCAUUAAUUGCUUAUACAGCAAGUCAUCACGCAUUAGUACAUAAUAGUGUACUCUCAGUUAUUUGUAAAAAUGCUAAACAAGUUGAUUUAUAA